AUGUGCUACAUGAACCAGUCGAUUUGCAUCGGCUGCUCCCACACCAUCACCACCCCAGUCCGCCACCUCUCUCCACGCACACCGGACCUGCUUCACAAAAUCUGCUCUGGCAGAAACGAUGUCGUAUGCCAUACCCGACACCACAGUAUCGAGUUCUGCCUCUUCUGCUACGAGAAUAAGCUCAAAGCCAUAGAGGCGCAGUUUACCUUCAAGGCGAGGGUUGAGAUGGAAAAGGGAAAGUUGCUGGGAUUUGGGAAGGGUCAACUUGAGGAGGUGAGGAAAAGGUUGACGAAGGAGUGGAAGAGGGAGGUGAGGAGAUUGAAUGUCGAAUGGGAGGGUAUGUGGAGCGUCUAA